AUGGCCUUUCCUAUCCUGAUCGUCAGCGCCGUCGGCGUCUCAGUCGUUUUCCUGCUGCGUUGGCUCCUGACGUACAUGCGCACAGUCCUCAAGGUUCGCCGCAAUGGCCACCCUGCAAUUCACAGCGGUGUUAUGCUCUUUGAGUCCGUCGUACGCUCAUGGUAUCCUCGCAUACCAGUCCUGGUACCCAUGGAAAAGCUUACUCUGAAGGAUCCUUUUAAGAAGUUCGCCGAUGCGCAAUCUGAUAUGAUUGUUAUUACCGAAGCUACGUCACCUAAUGGCAUUGCCUAUCUUUUUGGAUCACCAAAGAUCUUUCGUGAAAUUGGCCGCAACGGCGACAUCUUCCUCAAGCCUCUCGAGAAGAUUCGCUAUCGUAUGCUCAACACCUUUGGACUUCAACUUGCCUCAGCGCAGAAUGGUGCCCAGCAUGAGAGACACAAGCGUGUUGUCAAAGCUGUGUUCAACAACGAACUAAUGGAAAAUGGAUGGUACAACAUGCGUAACAUGUGGCGCACUUUGCUACGUGAAGAGGCCAUCUAUCCAGCAGCUGCCAACUCAGAGACUGCACCCGUUGUACAAGAUAUGAAGUCAACCAUGCUGAAAGUAACACUUGGUGCCAUCGGUGCUUCGUGGUUUGACAUUGACAUCUCCUGGGAUCCAGCAAAGGAGACACAACGCCAAAAUGAUGAGUUAAUGCCAUUCGCUGAGACGUUAAAGGUGGUGUGGGAUUCACCAUUCGUGCAGACUAUGCUACCACUGUGGUUCUUGGAAUGGAGUCCCUCGUCGUACUUGCGUCGUGCUGGCUGGGCGCAGCGAUCUCUCGUCGCACAUAUCAAAAAUGCGCAGGCUGAGACAAGGCGAAGAAUUGAGGAUAGAAAGGACACGACUGAGGUUCAAGGCCGAACAAGAAAGUACAGAAACCUCAUUGAUGCGCUGGUUGAUUCACAGAACGACGUGGAAAAGGCUGAGAGGCUUGAGAAGGGAUACCUAGCGGCCAAUGUCGGACUGUCAGACAAGGAAGUUCAAGGCAAUAUUUUCUCCUUCAUGGUAACCGGUCAUGAAACAUCCUCACACACCCUGACGUGGGUCUUGUCACUGCUCGCCAAGAACACCGACUGGCAAGAAAAGCUCUAUGAGGAGGUUAGCAAGGUAAACACUAUCUUCUUGGACGAAGCCGAAGGUGUGGACGAGAAACCACUGAGGUAUCUCGCCUAUGAGGAAAUGUCUAACCUCCCUCUGAUCCUUGCUUCUACCGUCGAAUCACUCCGCAUGCGGGAUUUAGCUAUGCAGAUGACACGUGUGGCCUCCCGUAACACUACACUUAGCUACACAACUUGGGAGGGCGACAACCCAGCUGAAGCCAAGGUGCAACAACACACUAUAUCCAUUCCUGCGGGCACACGUGUGCACCUUGAUACAGCGGCGUUUGGAGUCAACCCAUUCAAGUGGGAGGACCCAGCGACAUACAACCCAGCACGUCACAUCCGUGAGACUGAAGAUGCGAAUGGCAACAAAAAGGUGGCCGUUUCUUACGAGGACUUCAUCGGUUACUCUUCCGGCUCACGUCAGUGCAUUGGCAAGCGCUUUGCCGAAGUGACAAUGGUGUGCUUCUUGGCACACAUGAUUCUGAACUACCGGUGGGAGGUUGUGGCUGAGCCGGGUGAGACCCAGGAGCAAGCUAAGAUAAGGGCAUCUACUGGCUCGGAACAGUUCAUGUUGACGCCACCAGCUUACGAUCUGCGCUUCAUCAGACGCUAA